CUGACACCGAUCCUGAUUCAUAGGGACACAUAGCGUAUGUUUUAACAGGCUGAACGAACUUAGGAUUCUUUGAAUGUCAUCAAGUGUGGAUUUCUAGUUUAUUAGUUGCCGCAUUUAUUAAGGUAGUAAUUAACAUUUAUUUUUAUUUUUGAAUAUGUAUGUUGUAAUUAAAAUCAAGUCUGGAGUCGUAACGUAAAAAUUGUGUACACAAUGGACUUUAUUCACUACUUGAAACUAAAGUUCGUCUUUAUUCAUCAUUGUGCGUGACGCUUUUUAAAGGGUGAUAUCCGGUUUUUGAUGGGAAUUCGUUAUGAACGGAUUGUUCUCUAGGUCUAAUUGUAACUCAACCAUUAUGUGUAAAAAGAAUUCUUAAAUUAGGAAAACUGUUACAUGGAUUAACGAUAUCAUUAUGCGGUCAUGACUUUUAUGUUAAGUCAAGGUACAUUAAACAUUACAGUAAGUCUUUUAUUUGAAAGUGCCGGUUAUAUGAUUUCAGAAAAAAAAGUUGACGAUGAUUAAAAACCAUGAUCUGAAUCUUGCGAUUCUUCUGCAGACUAUUGGUCAGUAUUCUAAGCUGAAUUUCCUUUACGGAUUGUUAGUCAGCAAAUUAAGCAUAAAUUAUGGCGUUAGAAUAUUUUUUCGCUAACUCAACACGUUAUACCACAUGAAAUAAGGUUUUCAAAACACAGGUUUGAGAAACCUCUGAGGAUAAGUAGGCGUUUCCAUUAGCUUAAAUGCAUGUAAUGGUGCUUGGUCUGUUGCAAGCUUAUCGAAUACGUUAAAAUGAAAUCUACACUCCCAUUUGGGUCAACCAUGAAAUUUUUCUGAUGAGUACGAUCUAGUAAUGUUCGUAGACCAACUCUCCUUAGCUCCCUUAUGGACUUUUUCAAACUUAGAAUGUGUGCAGAAAUCUACUUGAAAUUUCAUUAGAAGCACCUAGUUAAAAUCGGGAAUAUUACUAUGUGUUCGCAAUCAUGUUUUGUUGUUACCUCGAAAUUUCUUUGAGAAAUGUAUGGUGGACCUAUGUGUAUCUGAAUGAAAGUUGUACAAUGUUCUUGAUAAUUGGUCCUAUGUGUGCGUCAUGACUCUGUAACCCAUUAGCAUUUUAUUUAUUUUACGGUUUCGGUCUGGUUGGGUCACUUGUUAGUUGAGUAAUUUGUUUAGUGACUUCGCACUAACCUGGAAAACUAGAAUGCUAUCCUAUUUCCGUCUGGAAUUCGUGAAGGCACAAUCUUCGACAAGUUAUUCGACGAUAUCCCAACUACCUACUUUUCAUGGGCUAAAAGAGAGUUAUUUUAUUUCAGAAUGGGUCUUUGGCUUCAGGCCUCUUUGGUUUUGUUAUGCAUAGUGAUUUUGGUUUCAUCGGUGCCUACAUCAAUACAAAAACACGAGCUUGAAGAAAAUGAUUCCUUUGACAGUCAACUAAUAGAAGAUAACAGAUCACAUUUUCGAGGACGCCAGUUUGGUAACAGGCUUGGAUCUGAUAAAAAUGAUUCAAUACCUGGUGAAAGACGGUCACGUAGGCGUCGCAGAAAGCAUAACCGACAUUGUGAACAACCAGGCCAAUGUCCUGAAGGUGGUGCUAAUUGGAGACGGUCACAUAGACGUGGAAAAAAACAUCGUACACGAUGCAGUGGUGAUGGUGAUUGUCCUGAGGGUCAAAUGUGUAAGGAACGUCGUCACAGAGGAGGACGUAAACAUCAAACACGUGGUGCUCCGCCACCUUCCGGCAGUCUAUCUCCAUCCUCACAUAGUGGACCAAAAGUUGGGAAGAAAUUUUGUCGUGAGAGGAAAAAUGGAGUACAUAGAAGAUCAGGACUCCUGUAAUUCGUAUCAAGGAACAUUGUCAUCAGUAUUCAAAGGAACUUCAUUUAUACUAGUUUAUACUAAUCAUAUAUAUAAAUAUCCUAAUAUUUCCUUAUUUGUUGUUUUCCUGUUUUUUUUUCGAUAGAAAUUUGUCUGUUUAUCUUCGAAAUAAUUUUUAUUCAAAAAGUAUAAAACACUACAUUCACCCAUUCAUCCAUAUAUUCAAUUUAAUCCAUUGCGAUAAAAGUAAUUUUACUUAUUGUGUUUACGAUCCUAUUUCAUAUUUUAUCAACUCAUUCAGUCAUUAAGCAUUUAACUCCUUAUCCCCCACUGCUCGACUUUACCCUUGCAAUUUUACUCAGUUUUAUUUUUGCUUGUUUUUGUUUAUAUUUUGCCUUAACUGGUCUUUUUUUCCAUUGAAAUGUGUGUGUCUGUGUACACGUAUGUAGUUUUGUUUCUUAUAUUUUGUUUUAUUCCAGUUCUCAGUAAUUUUCGAUGGGAAAUAUAAAUUACUCAAUGUUGCCAAUAUAAAACAUACACGAUAAAUUCUUGUUAUUCAUCUUUAGUGUCUAUUCACUUAUUAUCUUCAUAUUGUUUUCACUACUACUGUUUACCUGGUCAUGUAAUUAUCGAUUAUUCUGUUCAACGGAAGUUUUGG